CGCGAGCUUUAGUGUGUUUCAACAGCAAGACUCUCGCUGUUCUUUUUACCGCUCAAGUGAACGAAUUACAACCACCCAGCAUCUCUCAUAGCAGCCUGAUAUUAUAGCGGAAAUGAAGGAGCAGGCGCAAUUGUUGUUUUUGCUGCAACUUUUCACGGCUCGACUCUUGCCCGGGGUGAACGGUGAUCUCUGUAAGGUGAAUAUUUGCUCUAAUGGGGGAACCUGUGUGACCAGAGGAGGAGCGCCAUUCAUUUGCCUUUGCCCUGAUGGCUUCACAGGAGAAACGUGCAAUGACACAGAGACUGGUCCUUGUAACCCCAACCCGUGCAAGAACGACGCCAUAUGCGCAGCGACGGGCCACUCCCGCCGCGGCGACGUCUUCAGCGAGUAUGUCUGCAAGUGUCAGCCGGGAUUUGAGGGUGUCCACUGUCAGAACAGUGCCUAUGGGGCAGAUUUAAGCUCAAGAACAGACGUGAACGAUUGCGCCGGCCAACCAUGCCAGAACGGAGGCAGCUGUAGGGACCUUGAGGGGGAUUUCAAAUGCCACUGCGUUUCCCCUUACGUGGGCAAACACUGCCAGCUGCGCUGCAUUUCUCUGCUCGGCAUGGAGGGUGGAGGUAUCGCUGAGUCCCAGAUCUCCGUCUCGUCCGUCCGUUACACCUUCCUGCGCCUGCAGCGCUGGGGCCCCGAGUUGGCGCGCCUCAAUAACAAAGGCCUGGUGAACGCCUGGAGCCCCGCCCCCCACGACAGGAACCCAUGGCUGCAGGUGAAUCUGCAGAGGAUGAUGCGCUUCACUGGCAUCGUGACGCAGGGCGCCAGUCGCGUGGGAGCCGCAGAGUACGUCAAGGCCUUCAAAGUGGCCUCCAGCCUGGACGGCAAGACGUACACUGUGUACAGGACCGAGGACCUCAGGAAGGACCAAAUAUUUUCUGCAAACGUUGACAAUGACGGCACAAAGACCAACGUGUUUGAUCCGCCAAUCCUCGCUCAGUACAUCCGCAUCAUCCCGGUGGUGUGCCGCAAAGCCUGCACCCUGCGCCUGGAGCUGGUGGGCUGUGAGCUCAAUGUGUACUCAAAUGCUUCAGGUUGCUCAGAGCCCAUGGGCAUGAAGUCCCGGCUAGUGUCAGACCAGCAGAUCACGGCCUCCAGCACUUUCCGCACGUGGGGCAUCGAGGCCUUCACAUGGCACCCUCACUACGCCCGCCUGGACAAACAGGGCAAGACCAACGCCUGGACCGCUGCCACCAAUAGUAAAUCAGAGUGGCUGCAGGUGGACCUGGAAUCUCCCAAAAAGCUCACAGGAAUCAUCACACAGGGAGCCAAAGACUUUGGCAGCGUCCAGUUCGUCUCAGCCUUCAAAGUGGCUCACAGUGAAGACGGGCGGUCCUGGAGCAUAGUGCAGGACGAGACCACAAAGAAUGACAAGAUCUUCCCCGGCAACAGCGACAACAACAUCCACAAAAAGAACCUGUUCGAGCCGCCGCUCUUCGCCCGCUUCGUGCGCAUCUUGCCGUGGGAGUGGCACGAGCGCAUCACCCUGCGUAUGGAGCUCCUGGGUUGUGACGAGUAGCUGUGUUCCGGAACCUGCCGACCAUCCUCCCCUUCCCUCAUUUCUCUACCUCCACCAACCAACCCUGUCGUCCUCCCCGACACACACCCUUUGCUGUGCCUGCACUGCCUUGUUCUCUGUCCUAGAGGGCAGCAAACUCCGCUGUUGUUUCGAGAAGGAAAGACUGGAGUCCUCAUGGCUGAUGUCUCGUCCCUCUGAUGUUUAACCACUUGAGCCUACAGUGGGAACCCCACUGCCUGCAGAACCUCCCAAGAGCCUGCAAACUGGUGGUGUGUAUAUAUACUCUCCAGUCAUCUUCUUACUGGUUCUCUGGGCGGCUUUUCUGCUCAAGCACAUCACGACUCUCAUUUUCUUCAUAAACUUGCAGAUUAUUGCUGCGGUUUAUCAAGCUGCAGACACAAUAAAUCACCAAGGCAUCCAAUUCGGCAGCCAAACUGAGCAGAACAACAAAAAUUGUUCUGCAGUCACAUGCUUGAGCCAAAAUCGUUAGUUCGGUAGCCGACCUACAUUAUCAUCACCGCAUACAAUGAUUGAAUUUGAACAGGUUGCUGCGCAUCCCCCACCCAACUAUUCCAUGUUGACGGGAUGAUCAAAACGCAGGCGUCGGUGCUGGCAGUGUAUUCUAGCAAACCUGCAUCCAAUGCUACUGAGACAUUUCUACUAAUUGUUGUGGUCACCACGUUCAUUUUUAUGGCACUUUUGAUGUUUGUGUUUGCAUAUAUGGGAAAACAUAAAAAGAAUAUAUUGGAAAACAAAACUGUGUUGUGCACACAUGAACAAAGAAUGUGGCGGUAAACAAAGAGAUUCAAUAGAUUCCCAGUGAGCAAAUCAAAGCUGAAGUUUUUUUUUUUUUUUUCCCCCCACUGGACACGUGACGCAUGCCAUCUUUUCCACCCCCAUGAAUUAUGAAUUAUGGGCUCGUGCAAUAGUAUGCUAUUGUGCCGCACUGGUUUCGAUAAGGAUGCGUAUUAAUGCGGCGACGUGAAAAAUGCCUGAGGGGGAAGGUCGCCAAACACUGAAUGUGUCUGGCUAAUAAUGCUUCAAUUUGAACACAUGUAAAUAUUGUUUCCCUCUUCUGGUUUUCUAUGGUUGAUUGAAAUAUGAUGUUGAAGUAUUUUUAUGGUGUUUUGUGUGCUUUCCUGCUAUACUGGACUGGGUCCAUUGAAUUCCAGUAAAGCGUUUCUGAGACACAUUCUAUGUUUGGCCUUUGUAUUGGUAAAACAAACAACAAUAAAUGUUUGAAAAUACUGCA